GAUGAACCUCAGCUUCGUAUUCGGGCACUCCCGAGUCCUGGCCUUCUUGUCUAGGUAGGUAGUUGUUUUCACAUCAUGGACAACAACGUGUGGUUGGGAGAGGUUUCGUGAUGAGCGGAGAACUAGCGAUUUCCGCACGCGGUAUAUUGCACUGUUUUCCACUCGGGAGCACUGUCGCCUUUGAUCUUGGCUCUUGGCGGCAUGAUGGUGCCUAGGAUGCUAUGACAUGAUAUCUUGCGAGUUUCAUGCGCGGAGUUCUCUUUGCCAUGGACCUUACUAGCUACUAACUUCGUCACAGGAACCCUCUGAGGCAGGGGUCAACCAGAAUGGAAAGCCAAUUCGCGGGCCAGUAACUGGUAGUCAACAAAGCCAUUACCUUUUCCUACUGCCCGUUCCAUGGUCUGGUUCAAGUCGCAUCCAUCAUCCAGCACGGGCCAUCCCUCGAGUCAGAAAGGAAAGCUGAAGAACCAUGCUAGCUAGAGCUCACCAGCGACGCAUCUGCAACGGCGUUGUUGUGCUGCUUGUUCUCACAUUUCUCAUGGUAAAACUGGUCUGGAAUUCAUCCGCUUUCCGUUUGAGGUCUCCAAAUCCAAACCAAGGUGACGAUGCCCUGGGCUCUGGAAGUCGUGGCGAGUUGACAGCUCUGUCUCAAUGCCGUUUGGAGGACUCGAAUGUAAUCUGUGUCUCCGAGUCGACCGAGUAUCUUGUUCAUUACGGUGCUGUCACAUCGGCGAGCGAGCUUCCACCUCACUUCGCUGGCUGUCAUAGCCAUGCAACAAAAACCUUCUGCCUUAGCCCAGAAGGACACGACGUCGAGAUUGAGCUGCUGAACUCGGAAGAGGCCCUGUCCGAGUUCAAGCCGAGUGAGCGUCACUGCCACUCCCAUGCUGGGAUAGAGCACUGUGUUGGAGGUGUGGAUGAAGCAUCAGCGACAUCCACCCUCAGCCUGAAGUGUGAACGUGUGGACCGCGACUAUAAUAUACCGCUCCGUAUCGGAGUUUUGUUUCUGGUCCUGCUUGCCAGUUCCCUGGGCGUAUACGGCCCAAUCCUUGUUGCGUCCCUCCUGCCACCCAAUACCAGUCUUGUUUUGGUGGUCCUGAAACAGUUCGGCACGGGCGUUAUCAUCUCUACGGCUUUUGUGCAUCUGUUUACCCACGCCAUCUUAACAUUCGAUAACGAAUGCCUAGGAGGGCUGUCGUACGAGGCCACACCUGCAGUUAUUCUCAUGAUUGGGAUCUUCGUAUCUUUUGUGAUAGAAUAUGCCGUGCAGCAGGUCCUGCUUUGGCGAUCGACAAAGAAGCCGGAAACGGUCGAAGAGAGUCUGGAGGACACGAUGAUCUCAGCGGAACUGGUCAACGUGGCCAUACUAGAAGCUGGCAUCAUUUUCCAUUCCUUGCUUAUUGGCCUUACCUUGGUGGUUACGAGCGACAAGUUCUUUGGCCCUUUGGCGGUCGUUAUUAUGUUUCAUCAAGCAUUUGAAGGAGUUGCGUUGGGGACUCGGAUUGCAGCACUCGGGUGUCCCGGCGGAAGUCUUCCCCCUGUUGGACACGGCCAUCACCAUCCCUCGCUUGCACCAAACGUCACGGUACAUAAAGCUGCUGUUGGGGAAACGAUAGCUUCUCGCAAAGUCUCGACUGCUCGCAAACUCCUGCUCGCAAGCGGCUUCGCUUUCGUCACACCAAUUGGAAUGGCAUUCGGCAUCUGCGUUCUCAGGGUCUUCAACGGGAAUGAUCCUACCACCAUCAUGGCAAUCGGAACGAUUGACGCCUUCUCUGCUGGCGUUCUAGUCUGGGUGGGUGUUGUGGAAAUGUGGGCACACGACUGGAUGUUGGGCGGUGAGGUGGCGCACUUGGAUCUCAGGGGCAAGUGCCUUAGUUUGGCUGGGCUCGCUGCUGGGAUGAUCAGCAUGAGUGUACUUGGAAAAUGGGCUUGA